CAGUUGUACAUCGGUGUAAUUCCAUGUUCUGCUGCUAGGGGGCGGUGUAGGUCACCAUGCUGGUACAGUAACAUGGCGGUCUGACGUAAGCAUAAUGCGAGUUUUAGCAACCGGAGUCGGUGGAAACAACGCGGGUGAUGUUUAUAUUUUGCCGUUCAAGAAAGAAUAACGGCUGGUUUCAUAUGUCCGGUAUGUCUCUACGGCUCCGGUGAUCUUCCACGGUGUCGUACCCGGUAGCGGAGUUUGGGAUUCGAUCCCGAGUGGCCAGAUUCUAGCUUCCCGGAUUCGGUACGAGGCUUUUCAGCCUUCGCCACCGAGGAAGAAGCCUCAAAUCCAUGCAGGCAGCAAAGUGAGAGUGAGAAGAAACCUUGCUCCAUACGUGAGGAGGCAUCUGACAAGACCACCACAGCACAAGGAACCCAGGGCCUAUGGAUCCCAUUGACUCUGGACAAGGGCCAGAGAAGUCGUCGGAGCAGUGUUGCAAUUUAUCACCCAGCUCCAAAGGACGGCAACGGAAGAUUAAUCCAAAAUAUUCAGACUAUGAAAUCGAUGCUGUGUUUGGGGGCACAGAUGGGCAAAAACGACGUAGAAAGAGCCCAGUAGCAGCAAGAGAAGCAGCUUCUAAAAAGACUCCGGCAAAGAGGGGACAAGCUAAGAAUGCCACACAACAGACAGAAGAUGGGGAAAAAGUAGCAGCUGACGAAAUACCUCAAGAGUCUGACGGCAAAACCUUGCAGGAAACUCCUAAAAAUGCCGUGAGAGCCAGGAAGACCCCGACAAAAAAGACUCGAGCCAGGAAGACCCCGACAAAAAAGACUCGAGCUAAAAGAACUCCUGCCAAAAAAACUCCCACCACCGAUGGGGGCCUCGCAACUGGGGAGGGUGGAAUUGUAGAUACCGUGCUGCAGGAAAAUGGGACCCCAAAGCCAAAGAGAAAGUAUGUGAGGAAGCUGCCUGCACCGGAACCACUUCCAGAACCACCACGUCAGGAGGCUCAAGGGGAACCCGAGGAGGAGACCACACCGAGUGGCCGCCACAGGAGAGGUGCUGCUAAAGCGGCAUUGAAGUACCUUCACAUUUUUGCAAAAGAAGCGCUUAGUCAUCCCAAUGAUGAGUCAGGCUCCCAGGCAGAGGACAACGAUGAUAUCACUCGCAAAGACUCGGUCAAAGAGCGGAAAAGUCUCAAAGGACGCAAAGUGCCUAAAGGCCGAAAGAGGAAACGUCCCGACUCUGACACCGAUGCUGCGGAAGAUGAGGACUUUGUUCCAGGUGUUGAAGAAGAUGAAGAGGUUGAAGAAGAAGAAGAAGAAGAAGAGGAAGAAGCAGAGGACUCGGACUCAGAUUCGGGGGCAGGUGGAAGAAGUCCAGCAACUUUUUACGUCAACAGACAGGCAGGCUCCAAAAUCAAAACCCCCAACGGCCUCUUCACCAGCACCAUGAAUGUAGUUUGGGAAUCCACUGACACAACCAAGAAGUUCCGAGAGGAGCACUACAGCAGCUGGGUGUUCCCAGAGUGGGUCCCCUCCAGCAGUCACUGGCACCCUGUACCACAAAGUGAUGUGGAGAAAUACCUGCCUCAGGAGCUUCAGUCGGCUGCUUUCAGAGUGUCUAGAGAAGGCCUCAGUAAGGAGGAGACGCCUCUGCAAAGACUCAGCAGGUUCACAGCAGUGCCUUCUCACCCGGAUCGCUGGGACAUGUUGCUGUAUGCAGGUGGGCCGGUCUGGGCCAUGGAGUGGUGUCCUACUCCUGACGGUGCUCCGGCAUCCCAGUACAUCGCUCUGGCCUGCCAUCGAGGGAUGGACGACCAGCACUAUGUCAACAAGAUGUACUCCGGAUCUGGAGUCAUUCAGCUGUGGGACUUGGGCACGCUGGAGUACAACAGCAGACCUGACUCCCAGCCAGCCUUGGCCUAUGGCUUGGCCCAGGACAAAGGCUUCAUCUGGCAACUGAAGUGGUGUCCCUCUGGAGGUUGGGAGCUUCCCAGCUGUGGCAGAAAGGCUCCUUUCCUGCCCAGACUGGGUCUUCUGGCAGUCGCCACCUCCACUGGUGUGGUCACCAUUUACAGCCUGCCCCACCCUGAUGCACUGCACUCCAACAGGAGGCAAGCUAACUCUGGAAAAGCCAGCGAACAGUUGCCGAUAUAUCAGGCACAAGGAGUGUUAACACUGAAGCUGGGCUCCUUCAAAGCCCCUCGCCAUCAGAGGAGUGGACAAGUCCUGUCUAUGGAUUGGUUGCCUCAAAAACCACACAAUAUAAUGGCUAUUGGAUUUUAUGAUGGUGUAGUAGGUCUUUGGGAUCUGUCCACCAAGUCUUCGCUGUUGCGGGUGCGAGAGCCAGGCGAGUCACUCAGCCUGCUGCCCUAUCGAUGCCUCCUGGCUCACGACCACGCCGUCCGGGCCCUGGCCUUCUGUCCCGCCUCCAGAUACCUGUUGGUGACAGCCGGAGAAGACCGCUAUGUGAAGACAUGGGAUCUGAGGAGGCUCCAUGAUCCCAUCACUGUGCAGAAACGCUAUCUGACCAAUGAGAUCUAUUGGCCGCUGAAUGCACCUGGCAUCCUUUUGGCCCAGGAGAACGCCUAUGCACCGUAUGCUUCACAGGGAGUGCAUUACUUUGACCAUAACAUGCGCGCCAUCUUCACAAUUCCUCGGACAGGCACUGUGUGGUCCUUGUCUUACACUGACUGGAUGAACAGUGUGGUGACAGCAGACAGCUUUGGUGAGGUGAUCUUCUCCCUGUUACCUCAGAUAUGCUUCACUCCUCAAUACCUCAAACGCACGUUAGAGAGACGUUUUCCUGUCUACAUUACAACUCUGCUGGCUCAUGAUAUAAGUGAAGAAGAGAAUCAAGAGAUGGGAGGAGUGGAGGACGGUAAUGCUGUUGAAGAGAAGGAAGGAGGAGAGACUGAAGAUGCUGAAUCUGAAGGAGGGAAUGAAAACGAUAAUAGAAAUGGAGGAGGUGGAGAAAGCGGUAGAAAGGAUAAAGGUCCCCCUCUGCGGUUCCAGACGUACAAAGAGGCUGUGAAGAGAUACUGCCUCCUCCAUACAGACUUUAAUAUGCGGACCUUCAAAGGAAGCGAGAAGCAAGCUGUGUGGAAACACAUGAAAGACACUGAGCUGAAGAGAAAGCUGAACCUGGAUGAGUUGCCUAUAGCUGCACUACACAAGGUGCGUUUCAACCCGAACAUGUGCUGCCAUACCUGGGUGGUGUCCGCGGGCCAGACGGGGCUGGUCAGACUAAACUGUCUGAGGACUAUGAUCAGCUCUCAUGCCCAGAAGAUAAUAAGCGAGAACCAGGCCCAGUUCAACGCACUGUACUCUCCGAAAGAGCAGAAGGAGGCCAACCAAACUGUGACAGACGAGCUAUAGCAAGAGUUCACAACGGAAUCAGAAGGUGGAUCACAAAAACACAAAGCCUGCAAAAAGUUUGAAGAAUAAUAAAAAAAAACAAUAUUCAUAUUUCAUCAGCACAUACAGUAUACUGUAUACAUUUGCUGUUUUUCAACUGGGUUUAAUCCUGUUUCGAGUGUUCCAAAGGCCAGCGAGGAUAUCAAACGAUGGUUGAUUUGCAGGUUUUGUGGCAUUUCUUCAACAGCAGUCUCAAUAAUACUCUUUCAUGAACUCUGAACCUGUUCUUCAAAUUCUGCCUGGAAGUGCUCCAGGUUGAUUGAGAACCACGGGUAAGAGUUUCCAUCUAUAACCUCACCACCUCCACACUCUUAAGCUUAAGUUUCCACAGACUGAACCCAUUUUACGUAGCACCAAAUUAUUAUCUAGAGUGACAGUUUAUUUGCUUCCAAGAAGUUUCAGGAGCUGGCAGUUAAGUGCCUUGCUUAAAUGUGCCACUAUUAGCAUUUUCCACCUUUAUGAUUAUUGAUUCCAAAUGGGUCAAGUAGGGUUUUCAGUUGCUCCAGUUUCUCUUAUUUGGCAUACAAAUUGCAAACAUGGCAGUAUAUCCGUUCUUGACAACAACUUGACAUUUUAAUUAUCAGCUGCAUUCACUGUUAAAAACCCAACUUCUCUCAGGAACAGUAAUCAAUACCUCUAGUUUUCUUUAAUUGAUGGCAACUAAAAAAUCUUGUUUUUGCUGACCUCCAUUGGUUACAGUUGUGUACAGUGGUGUAGAAGUGUACUUCGGGGUGUGUCUUUACAACGUGACAUCACUUUAGGGUGUGGUUACAGAUGCAACAGACUUGAAGCUUUUGUUUGUUAUUCUAAAAAAGUGAAUACAUUCAAAGUACCAACAACAGGCAUCCAAUUUUUUUUUCUACUUCUUACGUUGUUAUAAUGCAAAGCAGACCUUACUCAUUUGUUUUCUAUAUGUCACUAGUUGGUGCAGAAAUUCAAGCUACAGUGUUACUGGUCACAACAUGGAAGAUAUGAAGGACUGAGUUGCAAAAUGUGAGAAACUGGGUAAACUUAAAGCCUUCAGGCCUUUUCGCGUAACUUAUUUUAGCAAAGUUGUUAUUUUGUAAUCCGCAAGACAUUCCACAGUUUGUUAAUUUGUGUCUGCAGCAACGAGCGGCCGUUUGGUCGAUCAAAACCACGGUGUCCAAAGUCCAACAAUCAUUACAAUAUGUGCUAGUGUUGGUUCCACACCUUUUUUUUUUUUAUUUUUUUUUUUUUUAUAACAGUGCCUUAAAGAUACACUUUCUAAUUUUGUCCCCAUAAGUUUCAAAACAUCAACCGCCAGCUGGGAAACAUUGCAUCUAUAAAGGAAUAGUUCACCCAAAAACAAUAUAAAUAGUUUACAGUACUAACUUCCCUAUAGGCUCCCAAUGGUCCCAAAAAAAAAAAAAAAGACGGAAUAACAGGUCAUUACACAUCCGACAAAACGUUCCUUCCUGUGCAGCAUUAUCCAAUCGUCUGGUAUAUUUGUGGGCUCAUGGAAAUCCAAACACAGCUACUGUAUUUUUGCUAAACAAGGCAUUUUUGAAUUAUCUUUCUGUGACAUGAAAUGAAAUGCAUUGUUUAGCAAUAGUUCAGCAAAAAUAGUUGUUUGGAUUUCCAUGAGCCCACAAAUGGAUACAAGACACUUGGAUAAUGCUGCACCGGAAUUUUUCUUUCUUUCUUUUCACUUUAUAACCUCUUUUUGCCAUUUUUUUUGUACGAAUUUUUCGGGGCUCUGCUCUCCUGAAAGCCAUUUGAUGAAGACAUUUUUUUUCUGGGACCAUAGAGAUCUAGAGGUGAGUACUACUGUAUAUACAAUGUAUAUAGUUUUUGUGUGAACUACUCCUUAAAGCGUCCUGAUUUCUAUUUGUAAUUGCUAUUUCUCUCUUUUAUCAUGUCAAGAACAACUCAGGCUAUAACUGAGGGGAAAUACUUGAAACUUUUUUUAAUUGCAACUGCUGGAUGUAAUCUUUAUCAAUGACAGAUUGUAGGUAUUUUUUUUUCAUCGUUCUUUUAUUUACUUGUUGAACGUAUUCCUGCUGUUUUUCCGAUGAUUCAAAGGUUUUGAUUAGUUAUUUAAUAAUUAGAACAGCUGUACUGUGACAUGCCCUAAUUUAUUGUUCAGUGUCUACGAAAGAUAUUGGGAAAUGUUCCAGUUGUUUACAGACGCAGCUGUCUCUUUUUUAGAGGUUGUGUACAACGUCUUUUCCUCUAAGUUAAAUUAGGGGUUUGAAAAUGUCAGGCUUGUUUAGUUUCUUUCAAUUACAAAUCUCAUCGACAGUUUCAGAAUGAUGUUGAGUAAACACCAUGAUAAUGUUGUCAGUCAUGUUUCAUGACUGACAACAUUAUCGUUAACUUGUAAACCAUCAAAAUGAUCAUAAAAGCAUCAACAUGUA